CAGAGCUUGCCCAUCUUUUGGGAAUAUUUGAGCUGACGCUUACCCUCGCUCUCGCUCCCCGGCCAACGGCCAACGGCCAAGCUCGAGUCUGGGCUGGGAGCACUGACCAUCAGCACCGAGCUGCCGGAGCUCCAUUUUUUUCCACCAGGGGGCCAGGGGUCGGGUUUACACUACACAGCACGCUGCAAUCAAGCUCGACGGCUGGACCAGGUUUUCCUCACACCACCCACCCACAAAACACCGGCUUCGCGCCAUCAACCGUCAGCCAACCACACCGGUGAGAUCAUCACACAACAGAUCAUUUUCCACAAUGCCGCCCAAGUCCACGCGGUCGCGCGCUGCGCCCAGGGUCGAGCCAAUCGUCAAUGGCACAUCCACAAAACCCAACACAUCCAAGAAGCGCAAGGCCAUUGAGGAGCCAAAGGCGCCAGAAGCCAAGCCCAAGCGUCAAAGGGGCCUCGACGCCGUCCACCAAGUCGACGCGAAGCGCCCCAAGCCCACAAAGGCCAAGGCCACGCCCGACGCGUCAUUCUCCUCGUCCUUCUCCGCCGAACCCGUCGACACCCUCAAGAGCUUCACCUCGGCGCCUCCCGACACCUCAGACCUUCCCGUCAUCAACAAUGCGCCCACAGACAUCCUGACCGUCUACGCGUUCGGCACUGGUGACAUGAGCGGUGAGCUCGGUCUCGGGCCCAAGAAGAAGGAGGCAAAGCGCGCCACCGUCAUCCCAAAGCUCGAUGGGAGGGAGAAGGACGCAUACCGGGUCGUACAGGUCGACUGCGGUGGCAUGCACUCAUUAGCCCUGACCGCAGACAACAAGAUCGUCUCAUGGGGCUGUAAUGACAAGGGCGCGCUGGGCAGGGACACCAACUGGGACGGGGGGCUGCGCGAUAUGGAUGCCGAGAAGGCUGGCUCCGACAGCGACUCGGACGAUGAGGACGUCAAUCCCCUUGAGUCCACCCCCACGCACAUCCCUGAGAGCUCGUUUCCCAAGGGUACCAAGUUCACCUCCGUGGCCGCAGGUGACAGCUGCAGCUUCGCUGUUACCGAGACUGGCCUCGUCUACGGCUGGGGAACCUUCCUGGAUAGUGAAGCCCACGAGACCUUCCUCUACUACAAGGGGGAAACCAUAAAGGUGCAACACAAGCCGAUCUUGAUCCCCGGCCUGCAAAACAUCACCAAGGUCGUCUGCGGUUCGAACCACGCCCUCGCACUCGACGUCAAGGGCAAUGUCUGGACCUGGGGCGUCAACGAGCAGAAGCAGGUCGGCCGCCGCACCCACCCUCAGAACAAGCAUCUGGACAACUACUACCCCGGCAGACUUGAGCUGAGCCGACACCCGAUCAAGCUCAUCGCCGCCGGGCCAUACCACUCGUUCGCGAUCGACAAGUUGGACAGGCUCUUUGCCUGGGGCCUCAACAGCUACGGGCAGGCUGGAUACGCCAAGGAUGCUGGCAGCGACAACGCGAUCCUCCCUCACCCUUUGCAGAUUCGCGCCGGAUCCAAGCAAGGGAUCUUGGUCAUGGACGGCGGUGAGCAGCACUCGACGGCCGUGACCGCGGACGGCCGCUGCCUUGUCUGGGGCCGAAUUGACGGCGGGCACCUCGGGUUCAAGCUUGCAGAGGACGAGCUCAACAACCCGAAGCUGGUCCGGCGAGACGAGCACGAUCGGCCGCGCAUCCUGCUUACCCCCGUCGCGGUUCCAAACAUCGGAGAAGCGGCUUACGUGGCCUGCUCCAGAGGCCACACCGUGUUCGUCAACAAGGAGGGCAAGGCCUACGCGUCUGGUUUCAACGGCCAGAUGCAGCUUGGGAACGGAAACGACGACGACACAGAGGUGGCCGAGGAAGUCAGGGCAAAGGCGCUCAAGGGCGCCAAGCUUACUUGGUGCGGGACUGGUGGCCAGUUCAGCGUUGUUGCGGGCCCAUCGGCCGAUAUCAAAGAUGUAGAAUAAUUGCAUAGCAUGGCGAUGAGGUAUUGGGUGGCAAGACUGGCGGUUAGGCGAACAGGAAUGUUUUCAAUUUGCUAUUUGAUGUCUCCAUAAAUAGCUGCAUCUGCAUCUGCAUUAUCUGGACGGUGCCAGCAUCAGGUUUACUGCCCAGCUGGGUUUCAAGACAGGGUAUCGAAUGCACUUCUGGUAUUGCCCCGA